CCCUCCGUAUCGUCCCUGUAGUUAGCACAGAGAACCACGCUUGCGUAGUGUGCUUCCUCUCCGCCCGCUACCCUCCUUUCCAGGUCUGCUGCCAAUGUUUCUCCCGUCUUCGUUUCAAGCUGAACACGGGUAGGGUUUCCUGUGUGCAUUGAAUAGACGGGCUCGAUUUACACGCCCAAGACACCGGCUCGUAUAUCCGGCCUUGGUGUGAGGAGGACUAGCUGGGUAGCGGUAAAAAAACCCAAAAUGAGUCUUGCACUUAGGAGGUGGUGAACAUAGAGAAAGAAAGAGGCUGGCCAGAUAUCUUGAAGACCACGUCAAAGGACAUACAAUGUUUCUUUCAUGAGACAGGAUAUUCCUCGUUACUGCUGAAGAUGCGACCAUGGACAGGUUCAUGGCGUUGGAUAAUGCUUAUCCUUUUUGCUUGGGGAUCAUUACUGUUCUAUAUUGGUGGACACUUGGUACGAGAUAAUGAUAACCCAGACCACUCCAGUAGAGAGUUGUCUAAGAUAUUGGCAAAACUUGAACGACUGAAACAGCAAAAUGAGGACUUGAGAAGAAUGGCAGAGUCUCUCAGGAUACCAGAAGGUCCUAUUGAACAGGGAGCUGCAGCAGGGAGGAUACGGGCGUUAGAGGAACAGCUGUUAAAGGCCAAAGAACAGAUAGAGAUGUACAAGCAGCAGUCCAGCAGUGUUGUGGCUGGCAUUGGAAAAGACCAUGAAAUAUUAAGAAGAUCAAUUGAAAAUGGGGCUAAAGAAUUCUGGUAUUUUGUCGAGAGUGAAGUAAAGAAGCUAAAGAAUUUGGACAGAAGUGAACUCCAAAGACAUGUGGAUGAGAUAUUGAUAGAUAUGGGUCAUCAACAAAGAUCAGUGAUGACGGAUCUCUACUACCUCAGUCAGACAGAUGGUGCAGGGGAGUGGCGGGAGACCGAGGCCAAAGAUUUAACAGAUCUGGUUCAAAGAAGGAUCACAUAUCUUCAAAACCCUAAGGAUUGCAGCAAAGCUAAGAAGCUUGUGUGCAACAUCAACAAGGGCUGUGGGUAUGGCUGCCAGUUGCACCAUGUUGUCUAUUGCUUUAUGAUUGCAUUUGGUACACAGAGGACACUUAUCCUUGAGUCUCAAAGCUGGAGGUAUGCCACUGGUGGAUGGGAAACCGUAUUUAAGCCGGUCAGCGACACAUGCACAGAUAGAUCUGGUACCUCUACAGGGCAUUGGUCAGGUGAGGUAAAUGAUAAACAUGUCCAAGUUGUAGAAUUACCCAUUGUUGACAGCCUGCAUCCAAGGCCACCAUACCUGCCGCUCGGUGUGCCAGAAGACCUUGCUGACCGAUUAAUGCGCUUACAUGGUGAUCCUGCUGUGUGGUGGGUUUCGCAGUUUGUGAAAUACUUGAUCCGUCCUCAGCCAUGGCUUGAGAAAGAGAUAGAGGAAUCUACCAAAAAACUGGGAUUCAAGCAUCCCGUUAUUGGGGUUCAUGUCAGGAGGACUGAUAAAGUUGGGACAGAAGCAGCUUUUCACCCGAUAGAAGAGUACAUGGUGCAUGUAGAAGAACAUUUCCAGCUUCUUGCUCGGCGGAUGCAGAUUGAUAAAAAACGUGUUUACCUGGCAACUGAUGACCCUUCUUUACUUCAAGAAGCAAAGUCCAAGUACCCACAGUAUGAAUUUAUUAGUGAUAAUUCCAUAUCGUGGUCAGCCGGUUUGCAUAACAGGUAUACUGAAAACUCUCUCAGAGGUGUAAUUCUUGAUAUCCACUUCUUAUCUCAAGCAGACUUCCUUGUAUGUACAUUUUCCUCCCAGGUCUGUCGAGUCGCCUAUGAAAUCAUGCAGACACACCAUCCUGAUGCGUCGACCUACUUUCGUUCCCUGGAUGAUAUUUAUUACUUUGGUGGACAAAAUGCUCAUAAUCAGGUGGCAAUCUACCCCCACCAUCCGCGGAAUGCAGAUGAAAUACCCAUGGAACCUGGAGACAUUAUUGGGGUUGCUGGAAACCACUGGGAUGGCUACUCAAAAGGCAUUAACCGCAAAUUAGGCAGGACUGGUCUUUAUCCCUCCUAUAAAGUAAAGGAAAAAAUUGAGACUGUUAAAUAUCCAACAUACCAAGAAGCAGGAAAGUAGAACAUAAGACAGCCUUUUUGGAAACAUUGGUGCCAAGUGCAAAGUGAAGCAGAUGGUUAAUUCCCAUUUUAAUUUAAGUAAAAAAAAAAAAAAAAUUAAGAAGAAUCGGUUUUACUUUAAGUGCAAGAACGGAAGUUUAAACUUAUGAUAUUCAAUACGUUUGGAGAACUGUUACUUUUACAGUACAAAUGCUCACUCACAUGCGCUUGAAUGAAGGGAGGGCUACUGCCUUAGUAUGAUCCAAAUGGAGCAUUGGUGCUCUCUAACGCCACAUACUGACAGUAACACUCAGACUAUUAACACUGCCAUGUUGUGCAAUUAACAUGAAGUUAUUUUAUACGUGCAAGAUUAUGACUGGUGCCUGUGACCAACUGGUUGCCUGUACACGAGAGCCAGGUGUAUCUUAAAAUACUGUGCAGUUUACCCUUAAUUAACAACAAACUGCCAGGAAUACUCCAGAGUUAAAAUUAGCGAUUGCUGUAUUUAAGAAUAUUUUUUCCAGAUAUUUCAAUUAAUGAAUGUCAGGACAUUAGUAAUAAAGUAAUGAACACUCCAUCUGAAAAGAGAAACCAUUCACUGUUUGUUAUAGUAGGAAAGAUUUUUUUUUUUUUUUGCAAAUUUUAUGUUGUUUUUGUACAACACUCCAUGAGCUGAUUCUUAUUCAAGUUUAUUGGCAUUGUCUUUGAUAACAAACAAUUAAAAUAUUACAAAAAUGAA